UUCGACUACUACAAUUGGUCUCCUCAAGAAGAGGAAGAGGUGGAGCUUCGUGAUGAUGAGCUGUCACACAUUGUGGAGAUUUAUGAUUUCCCAUCCGAGUUCAAAACGGAGGACUUGAUAAGAUCAUUUAGCUCUUUUCAGCAGAAGGGGUUUGAUAUUAAGUGGAUUGAUGAUUCACACACUCUGGGUUUGUUCUCCAGUCCAAUAGCAGCUCGUGAUGCUCUAAGGAUGAAGAACCCCAUGAUAAAGAUCAGGCCUCUCUCCAAAUCAUCAAAUGCCACUAAAGCUAAAGCUCGCAGCUGCUCUGAUUACUUGUUGCCGGCUAAAGAGCGUCCUCAGACGAGUGCAGCUUUGGCCCGUCGACUGGUCAUUGGUGCUCUGGGUGUGAAGAGUAACCAGACCAGAGAAGAACGCGAGGCCGAGAGGAACAAACUACGGCAAGCAAAAGAGCAAAAGCGUUUGGCUGCCAAGCAGCGUGAAGACACCUGGGAGGGCUUGUGAAGAUAAAGACUCUGUGUUGGUGGACUUAAAGGAUUCAGAAACAAUCAAAACGCCUGUGAGAAACGCCUCCCCCCACAGCAGGAGCUCAGUGGAUCAGGACUACUGCUAAACACAACAUGACGGACUGAACCAAAGCUGCAAGAAGGGGGAGUUCCUACACUCGCCAGCGGAAGUGUGAGAGAGCCACACAAACUUUACAGGGAGAUUUUGCAAUUUUAUAUAUAUUUUUUCUCUCUCUCUCUCUAGAGAGCUUUUCCCCCUCAAAUUAUUGUUUUCAGGUUUGGAAAAGAUUAUUUUAAUGUUUUGGAGUAUGCUUCUCUUUUUCUUGCCUGAAACACACUAAAUUACACAUUCAGUGUCACUACUACCCAUCUGUGAGCAGUUUUUGGUUUAGUAAAGAGAUAUUAAGUCAACACUAGGAGUUGCUGAUGAUCCAGAGUUUGAACACAUUGGAGAAGUCUGACUGGAUGAAUCUAAUUUCUUCAUCUUCAUGAAUUACUUAAAAAAAAAUCCUUUGCUAUUGUUUUUGUGUUUCAUGGCAGUCAACUCUUAUAAACCUUCAGUACAUAUUAGAUUUUUCAUGCUGUUUCCUAAUUACCUUACAGGUGUAAAUAUUGUACUUUUAGCAUUUAUCACAAAAGCUUUCAAGUAUUAUGGUUUUUGUUCAGGUACCAAAUCGACGGAAAGAAAUACAUGUACAAUCAUGGUUUGACUUUUGCAAUAAGUUUGCAUUCCCGGCAAGUCUUUGUCUUUUUCUUCAAAGUUGGUGCGCUAGAAUUCCAGUAAUCUGAUUAAAAAUGUUCAAAUCUUUCUCUAGUUGAUUCAUGAAGGGUUGGGAACCGGUUCCAUUUUGGAAGGAAAAUAAAAUUGUAUUACCGUGUGGUUUAAGACUUUCGGUUCCAUUAACUGUUCUUGAAUGUGCAUUUUCCCUCCGAUAGGGACGGACGUCCGUUCUAAAAUACUGUUUCACGAAUCGAGAUUCCUGAAUUAAUGGUCAAUGAGUCGGUGCUUAUGAAUACAGCACGAUCAGUGUAGGAGCUUCCUUUCAGUUCUAUUAAAAAAAGAAGCUUAAAAUCUUUAUGCAAAGUUCGCCCUGGUUUUGUGAUCAUCCGUUACACUUUUCUAAUACUUUUGUGUUAGGGGUUUCUUCAAAUCACUGACCAUAAAUGUGAGCAAUAGAUCACAUCAGUGCCCGCCCAGGAACGUAUUUUACCCCCAAUAAUUUUUUGCAUUGGCUUGUUAUAAAAUCCUCCAUGGCCCAAUGCAACCAGCUCCAAAGGGAGUCACAACAUUACAAGCAUUGCGAAUGACAUGAUUAAAUAAAACUAUUGGUUUUAAGUUGUUGGUUCAAAGUAUGGAAACAAUAUAUUUUAUGCUUACGACAAAUAUCCCGAUAUGUACAUAUAAGUUAGUUUAAGGGUGAAGAGAUACCGACUUGGUUGUGUCAUGGGAGUGGGCGGUCCCUUCUGAGCUAGUUUCACGGGCUUUGUUGGCUGUGGUUCUCUGAUUGGUGAACCGUUCUCUGCUGGACCAUAGAUAAUGUAGUUGUUCACCAGGAAUUCUGCUAUCAAACACAGACUGAUGGCUUCAACGGAAGCAUAUACCACCCAUGAUCAACCUCAGUGCUCAAGGUAGGUCUGUCUAGAAAGAUUUGAGAGUUAUCAUUGAUAAUUUGUCAAUGGGAUAAAUCAGUGGGACUUUUACUUCAGGAACCAAGCUUGGCAAACACCACUAACAAGAUUGUCAACAAACUUUCACACUGGACAGCGUUCAUGUGAUCUGAUGAGAAUUCUGUAACAUUUUAUUUAGCAGUUUUUAAAAACAAGCAGUAAAAAAAAAAGCAUACGAUUUAUGUUUUAUAUAUCACAUCAUGAUUUCCGAUGACUUGGGAUGAAAAAGAAACAUGUUUUCAUAGAAUGAGGAACAACACACACGCACACCACGAGUACCUGCACUCACAUACACACAGGAAGUGAGCGAACGUGCACACGCACACAAUCCAACCAAGUCUCGCUUGAUAUCACAAAAAAAAAAGACUAAAUGAAUUAAAAUCAACAAUGGGAAUGUUCCAACUAAAAAAAAAAAAAAAGAAAUUAAAAAAAAAAAAAAUUAAAACAAAAA